AUGUCAGAGCUCGGUUUACCAAAGUCUAAUGAUUUAGAAGCUACUUGGAAUUUUAUUGAGCCAGGUGUCAAUAAAAUUUUGGGCCCAAGAUCUUUAAAGGAAACAGAACGUAUGCGUGAAGAACAAAGAUAUAAUCACACACGUACAAUUUUAUCACCAACCACCUAUAUGGAUAUUUAUACCGCUAUUUAUAAUUAUUGUGUUGAUAAAUCAAGUUUUUCCACUACCGACCAGCCACAGCAACAAAAUACUAUGCCCUCCCUAAGCAGAUCCAUCAUAUCUGGUAGUGAAUUGUAUUUCAGACUAGAAACACACUUAGAGUCUUAUUUAAACACUUUAGAAAAAAGAGAUAAUGAAACUUUCCUGCAAUUUUAUGUUAGACGUUGGAAAAGAUUUGUGAUUGGGGCUCAUUUUCUAAAUCAUGCUUUUGAUUAUAUGAACAGAUAUUGGGUUCAAAAGGAAAGAAGCGAUGGAAAAAGAAACAUUUUUAAUAUCUAUCAUUUGUGUAUUUUCAUUUGGAAGCAGAUAAUUUUCGAAAAGAACAAAGACCUAUUAAUUGAUGAAAUUCUAUACUUGAUUACUAAGGAAAGAAAUCUUCAAGUUAUCGAUCAAUCUUUGAUUUAUGGUAGCAUUGAAUCAUUUGUUACCAUGGGCAUUGAUAAACACGAUUUGAAAAAGUUGAAUUUGGAAUGUUAUAUAGAUUCCUUUGAGGGACGGUUUUUAGAGGUUACUGAGGAGUUUUGGUCUGAGCAUUGUAAAAACUUUUUAUCAGAGCAUACUGUCGAUGAAUAUAUUUAUGAGGUUGAGAGAAUUAUCAAAUACGAAGAGCUUGUUGUUAACAGCUACUUGGAUCCGCACACAAUAAAACUAUCCUCAAAUAUCUUGAACAAAGUUUUGAUUGAUGAACAUAAGGAAGAGUUGUACAAAACAUUUGUGUUAUUCUUGGAUGCCCAAAAUGAGAGCUCAAUAAAAUUGCUAUACACAUUACUUAAGAGGGAAGUAAACUUAUUGCCAAGAUUAGCGCAAAUUUUUGAAAGCUAUGUUAAGAGUUUCGGGGAAACUGCCGUUUCCACUUUAAUCAAUGAGACAAAUGGUAAUGUUUCCCCUAAAGACUACAUUAAAUGUUUAAUCAAAGUGUAUGAUACCUUUCUGUCGAUUGCCAAAAAUUGUUUUGAUAGUGAAGUUUCCUUUAUCAAAAGCUUGGAUAACGCCGCAAGGAUGUUUAUCAAUGUUAAUGAAUUUGCUUAUCCUCCGGGAACACCAUCUUCUGAAACAUCAAAGACACCUGAAAUGUUGGCCAAAUAUAGUGAUUUAUUAUUGAAAAGGUCUGCUAAAAACCAAGGCUUGGUUUCUGACAUGAGCAUUAGCGAUAUUAUGGUCAUUUUCAAGUUUUUAAGCGAAAAGGAUGCAUUUGAAAAACAUUAUAGAAGAUUAUUUGCUAAAAGAUUGAUUCAUGGCACCUCUAUCAGUGAUGUAGCUGAAGAAGAUGUCAUUCAAAGGUUGCAAAACGAAAAUAGUAUGGAAUAUACGGGUAAAAUCACCAAAAUGUUUCAAGACAUUAAGUUAUCUAAACAGUUGGAAGUUGAAUUUGAAAAUGCUAUAAAGGUCGAUCCAGAUUAUUCUAGAACUAAGUACCCUGAAUUUCAACCAUUUGUUUUGGCAGAAACCAUGUGGCCAUUCCCUUACACUAAAGUUGAUUUUCAAUUGCCUAAAGACUUGCUUCCAACAUAUAAAGGUUUAGAAAAACUGUAUGCUUCAAAGCAUAACGGAAGAAUAUUGAAAUGGUUAUGGCCAUUAUGUAGAGGUGAAAUUCAGGCAGACAUAGGUAAAGAAGGUAGGCCACCUUUUAUAUUUACCGUUACCUUGUUUCAAAUGGCUAUACUUUUACAAUUUAAUGAUACAGCUGUUUUAACCAUGGGAGAAAUUUGUAAAAAAACAAAAUUAUCUAUUAAUGAGGUUAUUAAUAACAUUGUUCCGUUUAUCAAGUUGAAGCUGUUGCAGCAAUCACCACCUCAAAUCAGUGCUUUAACGUCUUUACGGACAGAAUUCGAAUUGGCACAUCCCUAUAAGGCUGCCAAAUCUAAGAUCAAUUUUGCUAAUGGUAUUAAAUCCGAUGUUGCAUCAGUUUUGUUAUCACAACAGCAACAGCAACAGCAACAGCAGGGAAAUCAUAACCUGGGCAAUUUGGCGGAUACACAGGAUGAUCUUGAGGAAACGAAUGCUGAGUUAGACAGCGAAAGACAAGUAUUCUUGGAAAGUUGUAUAGUAAGAAUCCUAAAGAAAAAUGGUAAAUUGCAUCACAGUUCUUUAGUCAAUGAGUGCAUUGUUAUGGCGCAAGAAAGGUUUCAUCCUAAAGUUUCAAUGAUUAAACGCGCUAUUGAAGAUUUGAUAAGCAAGGAAUACAUUCAAAGAUUGGAAGAUGGGGAAACCUAUGAAUAUUUAGCCUGA